AUGGGAGGGGAGUCGUCCGUUGCUAAGCGACCAAAAGAGACCCUGUUACCUAGAGACUGGAGAAGGAUUCCUCUGUUGCUAAGAGUGAAGGGCGGCAUGUCCCAGGGCCCAGGAGCUCAGCCGAAACCCUCUGUGUACCACGAGCGGCAGCGCCUGGAGCUGUGUGCCAUCCACGCCCUCAACAACGUCCUGCAGCAGCGGCUCUUUAGCCAGGAGGCUGCCGAUGAGAUCUGCAAGAGGUUGGCCCCCGACUGCCGGCUGAACCCUCACCGCAGCUUCCUGGGCACCGGCAACUAUGACAUCAAUGUGAUCAUGGCGGCCCUGCAGGGGCUGGGCCUGACCGCCGUGUGGUGGGACCGCAGGAGGCCCCUGACCCAGCUGGCGCUGCCCCACGUGCUGGGGCUGAUCCUGAACCUGCCUGCGCCCGUGUCGCUGGGGCUGCUGACGCUGCCGCUGCGCCGGCGGCACUGGGUGGCCCUGCGCCAGGUGGACGGGGUCUACUACAACCUGGACUCCAAGCUGCGGGCCCCGGAGGCGCUGGGGGACGAGGACGGGCUCAGGUCCUUCCUGGGGGCCGUGCUGGCCCCGGGCCUGUGCCAGGUGCUGGUGGUGGUGACCAAGGAGGUGGAGGAGAAGAACAGCUGGCUGCAGCUCGACUGA